AUGGAUUCGACGAUGGAUGGUAAAGAAUUAAAAAAAAAUGUUAUAGCACGUGCACGAGUACAAUUUAUUGAUGAAAUUAAUAUGAAUUUAAUACGAUCAUUAGCAAUGAAUUCAUUCAAUUGUCUUAUUUCAGUCUUAACAUGUACAAAAAUAGAUGCUAAACUUUAUACAACAUGUAUUUUCGAUAGCAAUGCAUCAAAAGUAAUUGAAAAAUAA